UCCUCGGGCCCAAUAAAUUAUAGACACGGUUCUCUGUCGGUAUCUCAAAUCUCAAGCAAAACAGUGACUACAGUAGUCGCUGAGCAAAAGUAAUACUAGAGAAAAUGGCGUAAGAGCAUUGACUACAGAUUAUACAUUUACAUAUAUAUCUCUUUUUCUAAAAAACUAUGGAUCAAAGCUUUCCUCAAGUUUUUGAGGAGAUUAUAACAUUCUGAAGAAUGUAGUAGUGUUUUGUGACGCAUUGUAGUAGUUUAUCGAAUCUCAACGUAAAAUGGAUUUCCCCUAAAAGCUUUUUGUAUCGGUUGCUACAAUCUGUGGUCGCAUGUUCUAAUAUUUAAUCUUCGGUGGUGAAUAUGCUACUUCUUCCUACCGUUUACCAUAUGUUGUGUCAAUAUUAGUCACAUGAUUACAUGGUCAAAAACUUACAUUGAAUCAUCUUGAUGUUAAUUAAUGCUUCCUCGGGAGAACAUAAUAAAAAUAAACUCCAUACCAAUGGCAGACAACGUGAGACUGGAAGAGGUUGUUAAUGUAAUUCCCACUUCUACAAUGCCUCAUAUGUCAAACAUUAAUGGGCAAUCCUCAGGUUUGCUAAUGACACAUCCAGUGACACCAGUUAGAUCUACUUCUGUUGACAUAGGUUUUAAUUUUGGUGCUAGAACUAUGGAACAAUCUAGACUUUUUGCAAAUAAUAUAUCUACUACUAUAGAAGAGAUCAGACCUUUUAUAGAACAAGUACGUAUUCAGCCUAGUGCUUCGUUAACUUCGUUAUUAAACAUUCAAAGAAUUCAAAAUCCAACGCAUACUGUUCCUAUUGCAUCAUCUGACAAUUAUGUGAUUAAUGUUGAAAAUCACCCAGAAGAUAGUACAAAUUCACGCGAGGUUUCAACGUAUGACAGUCAUCAUCAUCAGCAUCAAACAACAACAACAGAUAAUUUUUUAAACAAUAUUCGUGAGGCUGCAAACGAGGUUGUGGGUGAAAAUCAAAGUAAUAAUAGCAACAAUAUUGUCAACCAUAAUAAUAAUAACAAUAAUAAUAAUAAUGUAGAGGAAAAUAAUCCCGAAGGAUUACAAAUGAAUCCAGAAACACGCGCAUUAAUUGGAGUAUUUCAGAAAUAUAUUCCCUUUGUUUCUAUUCUUCUUACUAAAGGUCUUUAUGACAAUAGAGCUGGAAUAUUGAAUUUUAUAGUAUUACUUGUAACAUUUAAUCAUGCUAAUAAUGUUGUGAAACGUGAAAUCGCCAAACAACAUAAUAAGAGUUGGGUGUCACUUUUAGUUAUUACAUGUUAUAUUGUUGCAUGUAUAGUGUUUAUUAAUUUCGAAUAUGAAACACAUCUAUUUUCUCCAUAUACGCAACCACUUACAAUUUGGGAAUUGUUGUGGUCAGUGUUGGUAACGGAUUUUAUUUUAAAAUUGCUUACUGUCGUUUGUAAAGUGGUUUUAACAUGUAUUCCGUUAAAAUUGUUGGCACUGCGACAAAGGGGAAAGUGCUAUCUGAUGGUGGAAGCAACAUCUCAACUCUACAGAUGUAUUGCACCAAUUCAACCAUGGUUAUAUUAUUUGUUUGAAGCUUAUCAAGGUCCAGAAAAGAUUUUAGGCGUAUGUUUUGCUGCGUUGUAUGGAUUAAGCAAAAGAAAUGAUUUAUUAUCUCGCAUAAAAUUGUUCUACAUUGCUAUUUGGAACUUAUUUCAAAAUGCGAAUUUGGGUGUAUCUCCGUCGAAAGAACAGAUAGCAGCAUCUGGUGGUAUAUGUGCGAUUUGUCACGAGGAAUAUUCAGUGCCAAUAAAAUUAUAUUGUAAACAUAUUUUCUGUGAAGCAUGUGUUUUAACAUGGUUAGACAGGGAACGAUCAUGUCCACUAUGCCGUGCAGAAAUUACAGAUGAUCCUAUUUACCGAGACGGACACACAACUCAUUUUAUUCAGUUGUAUUGAUUCUGUGUAUAAUACAUAUAACUGUAUCUUUUCCACUGUUAAUUCACAAGGGCUUCAAUAAGCAUUUAAUUUACAUAAAAUAUUUUCUUUUGGUUUUGAUAAGAUUUUUAUCCUGAUAUGAAUUACUUAACUACAUAUAAUGUUAAUAUUCAUAACGAAAUAAUUUUUAU